AUGGACAAACUGGUCGACUUCGCUCUGGAGGUACAAAACCUUUGUGCCACAAUAGAAGUUUAUGAUGAAAGUCUCUAUAUGUGCGAUACUACCCUGCUCAAGGAGUUUGUCAUCAAGCUUCCUCCGCAAAUAAGACUGGACUGGGCACGGUAUAUAAGGAAGUUGUCGACAGUGAAACUCUCAACCUUUGGUCGGUGGAUAUAUAGUUUAGCGGAAGACGUUAGCGUGGUUUUCGAAUCUCAGAGUCGAGGAAAUAAGCAACCGGAGUUCCGUGGAGCUCGAAGAGAAAAAUACGUGAAUACUCACGCGGAGUUUAAAUCUCAUGAGCGAGACACAGCGCAGACAACAAUUAGUAGUUCUUCGGUAAACCUCGCAAGUGGCGAAGGUAAACCAUGCCCAGCCUGUAAGGGCGAUUGCAAAAAUCUUGGAAAGUGUAAACGUUUCCAGGAGUUGUCUUACGAGGCGAGAUGGGCGACCGUUCGUGGCUUUAAUUUCUGUCGGAAGUGCCUACGUCAGCAUAAGGGAGGCUGUUACUCUGGAAUUUGUGGAAAAAACGGCUGCACGUUUAAACACCAUGUAUUACUCCAUAAAGAUUUCACUCCUCCAGCAGGAUCAAGUGUUGGCAGUAGGCAUGAGACCACAAAUCAGAAAGAGGAACGCAAUAUUUGUACUCAUCAAUCUGGUCUUGUUCCGGGAUCGUUUCGAUACUUACCAGUGACGUUGUUUGGUGAAGGAGUUCAAGUGCAGUGUUAUGCAUUUUUAGACGACGGAUCAGAGCUGACCCUCAUCGAUGAGGAGCUAGCCGAUGAGCUCAAGCUAUCUGGAGAUAUUCGCCCUCUCUGUCUCAAAUGGACGGGCGGAACACACCGUAAUGAGUCUGACUCUAGGAGCGUAAAUGUCGAGAUAUGCGGACGUGGAGGUAAACGGUCUUCGCUCCAUGACGCCAGAACGGUAAAGCAACUGCAGUUACCUUUUCAAACUUUAGAUAUACAACAUCUAAGAUCAAAGUACGGUUAUCUAUACGGACUUCCGAUUGACUCGUACUCAAAUGUUCGUCCACGCAUACUAAUUGGCUUACGCCACGCUAACCUUAUGCUAGUGCGAAAGAGUCGAGAGGGAAAAGUUGGUGAGCCGAUCGCAGUAAAGACUAACCUCGGUUGGACUGUAUACGGAGGCAGGGCGAAUGAGAAUUCCGUGAAUACUAUCAGCCAUACGUAUCAUAUAUGUACCUGCAGUGAACAGAACGCGAUAAAUCUAAAUCAGAUGGUUAAGAAUUAUUUUUCCAUCGACAGUUUGGUGGUCAAUCAAAAUCAGCCACAAUUGUCAAAGAAUGAUGAACGGGCAAUGCUUCUGCUUGAAUCCCGCACACGCUUCAAUGGACUUCGCUAUGAAACGGGACUGCUGUGGCGUUCUGAUAAAGUUCGUCUUCCAGAUAACAAAGAAAUUGCUGUUCGGCGUUGGAGGUGCUUGGAGAAGCGCAUGGAAAAGGAUGAAGAAUUGGCAAACAUAAUGAAAGAAAAAAUCAAAGAGUACGAAUCAAAGAACUACAUACGAAAAUUAUCUCAGGUUGAGCUCGCGGAGAAGCAUGAACGCGUGUGGUACUUACCCAUUUUUCCAGUAUACAACGUGAACAAACCAGGAAAAAUAAGGAUAGUAUGGGAUGCUGCAGCCCAAGUGUAUGGAACGUCUCUAAACUCGGCACUUCUUACCGGACCGGACCAGUUGGCUUCGCUGGUGGGUAUUCUGUAUCAAUUUCGAGAACACCAGAUUGGUCUCUGUGCCGACAUUCGCGAGAUGUUCCAUCAGGUAGGAAUCAUACCUGUGGACCAGCAGUGUCAACGAUUCCUGUGGCGGGAUCACGCCGAGCAGAAUGAGCCGAAUACUUACGUUAUGCAAGUCAUGACGUUUGGGGCGUGCUGUUCUCCAGCAACAGCCCAAUUUGUAAAGAACAUAAACGCGGAUAGAUUUAAGGAAGAAUAUCCAGAGGCAGUGAAUAUCAUCAAGCAAAAGCAUUACGUAGACGAUUUGGUCAUGAGCGUAGAGACAGAGCAGAAAGCAGUUGAGCUGGCUGAAGCGGUACUAUUAAUUCAUAUGCAGGGCGGAUUCGAAAUCCGCAACUUUGUGUCGAACUCACCGUUGGUGCUAUCGAUAAUGAACGGAGAAAAAUCUGUGGAGAAGGACUUAAAUAUUACAGCUGAACUUUCGAGCCAGAAAAUCCUGGGCAUGUGGUGGGAUACACGCGAUGAUGUUUUUAAAUAUAAAAUCUGUUGGACAAGAUUCGACAAAGCACUACUCGAAGGAAGACGUUGUCCCACGAAAAGAGAGAUUCUUAGGACAUUAAUGACAAUUUAUGAUCCACUUGGCCUCAUUGAUUACUUUUUGAUAAUGCUGAAAAUUUUGCUGCAGGAGGUGUGGCGCGCAAAUGUGCAGUGGGAUGAGACUGUCUCCGAGAGCCUAUUCGAGAAAUGGCGUGAAUGGCUAUGCCUGCUUCCUAAGCUAGAACAACUUCGAAUUCCUAGAUGUUACCAUCAAAUAACGCCCACCGACGCUGUUGCUGAUUUGCAUGUUUUUGUUGACUCGAGUGAAAGUGCUAUGUCGGCAGCUGUAUUCCUACGAUUUAUGAAAGGAAGGAUAGUAGAAUGCGUCCUGGUGGCUGCCAAAACUCGGGUAGCCCCCCUUAAAUAUACUUCUAUUCCACGAUUGGAACUUCAGGCCGCAGUUCUCGGAACAAAAUUAGCGGCAACCGUUAUGAAAAAUUUAACCUUUGAGCUCUUGAAGCGAACGUUCUGGACUGACUCACGGAAUGUAUUAUGUUGGUUACGGGCUGACGGCAAACGAUAUAGUUCUUUCGUCGGAUCAAGAAUAAGCGCAAUCUUAGAGACAACAGAGCAACGCGAGUGGAGAUGGGUUCCGACUCAAUUAAAUGUAGCCGAUGACGGAACACGAUGGCGCAGCCGACCCAAUUUAUCGUCAAAUAGCAGGUGGUAUAAAGGUCCCGAGUUUCUGAUACAGGACGAAGGCACAUGGCCCAUCUAUGCACAGGAACCUAUUUCCACGGAGGAAGAAAUGAGGCAUCGUGUAUUUUUCCAUUGUAAGGCUUCCGAACCAGUAAUAGACGUCAGUAAGUUUUCUAGUUGGCGACGGAUGCUAGCAGUGACCGGAUAUGUCCAUCGGUUCUGCUCAAAUCUUCAAUGUCGUAUUCGUGAAGGUGUGCCGAUCACGGGUCCUUUAUUGAGUGAUGAACUACGAAAGGCUGAAGAAUAUCAUUAUCGGCAAGCGCAACGAGAUGUAUAUCAAAAGGAAAUCGCACUGUUGGAGACUUCAAAUGCGGCGGUUCAGAAGACGAGUUCUCUGUACAAAUUGAGUCCGUUUAUAGACAAACUCGGCGUCUUGCGAAUGAGAGGCAGAACCACUGUAUGUUCGUAUCUGCAUAGUGAUGCAAAAAAUCCAGUGAUUUUACCACCAGAUCAUCCAGUUACAUCACUACUUCUAGUAUAUCAUCAUGAGAAAUACAUGCAUCGCAAUCAUGAAAUCGUGGUGAAUGAAGUGCGUCAAAAGUAUAGUAUUUUCCGCUUAAGACAGUCACUUGCUAAUAUCCGCAGAAACUGUCAAUGGUGCAAAAAUCGGGACGUCCUUCCUCAACCGCCGGAAAUGGCAGAUCUCCCUGCGGCUAGGCUCUCUGCGUACACCAGGCCGUUUGCACACGUGGGAGUCGAUUAUUUUGGCCCAAUUGAGGUGCUUGUAGGACGAAGAGCCGAAAAGCGGUGGGGUGUUAUACUAACAUGUCUCACAACGAGAGCCGUCCAUGUUGAAGUGGCUAACUCGCUGACAACAAGUUCCUGCAUAAUGGCCCUUCAAAACUUUAUCGCUCGGAGAGGUACACCUGUAAGCUUCUACAGCGACUGUGGUACUAACUUUGUGGGUGCUAAACGUAUGCUACAGGAGCUAUAUCAGAAAUUUGAUCAACAUCAGCUAGCACGAGAAUUCGUAACCUCGUCUACAGCUUGGCACUUUAACCCACCGGCGUCACCCCAUAUGGGUGGCAGUUGGGAACGCCUCAUAGGAUCGAUCAAACGAAAUCUAUCAGAAGUUCUAAGCCGGAAGCGACCGACUGAUGAAGAGCUGAGGAACGCAUUGACGGUAAUAGAAGGUGUACUUAAUUCGCGCCCUCUAACUCAUGUGCCCAUUGAGGACGAGGCAGCGCCUGCAUUAACACCCAACCACUUUUUAUUGGGUUCAUCCGAUGGAUCCAAACCGUUGACGAUGAUUGAGACGGACACGGCGACAUUACGACGUGGCUGGCCAACUUCUCAAUGGUUGGCUAACUUAUUUUGGAAGCGGUGGGUUAGAGACUAUCUUCCCGACAUCACACGGCGAACAAAGUGGCACAAAAAGGUGACACCCCUCAAGGUGGGUGACAUAGUAGUCAUCGUGGACCAUGAGCACCCCAGGAACUGCUGGCCUAAAGGGCGAGUCAUUGGUGCGGUACCCAGCGGAGGACAAACUCGCAAAGCGGUAGUACAAACGAGCAGUGGAAUCUACGAGCGACCUACUGUGAAGCUAGCGUUGUUGGACGUACGGCGCGAGGCGGAGUAA